CUUGAGCGCUCUCCCUGAACACCUCCUGUUGACAAUCUCAGACUCGUAACGACAGUGCUUAGGGAGAGUGAGGUUGCGUAAACUGUGAUAGCUGACAAUAUAUCUGAAACAACCGAUACUGAAUUGAUUCACUUAUGGCUGAAGAUCACCCAGUAUGCCUAGCUUCAGUUAUGUACUACUUCCGAGAUGGGCAGUAUCGACAAGCCAUCAGUUCAGCAGUAGAGUAUCUGAAAAUGUAUCACCACGACCCAGUGCUUCAGCUAUUAAAAGCUCUUAGCAUUUUGAUGGAAGGUCGAACCCAAGAAUCCAUGCGAGAGUUGCAGCAGCUAAAGGACAAGUCCAGUGUCUCUCUUGCAUCCAUGCUGGCCCUGAUAUUUGCACACAGAAAAUGUGAAACAGUUGAUCGAGAGGCUGUUUCUGACCUGGAGGCGUUGUUGCGCUCCAGUCGUAAGAGAGCGGGAGAGAAAGCGCUGCUGUACGCUGCCAUGACCUUGUGGUUGUUGGGUCACUGUGCUAAAGGCCGGGACUACAUCGACAGGGCCGUGAAGAUGAGCAACAGUUCACCACAGGCUUUGAUCAUGAAGGGCUGGAUGCUGUUGAGCUCCGAGACAGACCAGCAGAGGUCCCAGGCUGUGCACUGCUUCGAUAGCGGGGUGCAGGACUCCAUUCAUGUGUUUGGACUUAUUGGCAAGGUGGAGUUCUUUCUGAUGAAGCAGAACUACUCGUGGGCCAUGGAUGUGGUGAACCAGGUCAUCGCCUCCUUCCCCUCCUUCACUCCAGCUCUCUCGCUCAAGAUGGCCGUCUUCAUGGCCAGCCAGGACUGGGAGCACGUCAGGGAGAUGUGUGACAGAAUCUUUGAACAUGAUAAGUGGAACUUGAGAGCACGUCAGAUGAUGGUCAUUUUGGCUUUGGCUAAAGAUGGAGACUUGGCGCAGGCAAAGGACCACCUCCAGUCCUUGAUAAGUGCCCUAGAGAUGCAGGAGCCCAGCAACCCCAAACUCCAUGCAGACAUGGUCCUGCCUAUCAGCAGGCUGUGUGUGCAGAGUGACGCGGCAGUGCUGCAGGUCCUGGUCCCCUUCCUGCUGCGAGUCCACGCCAAGGCCACGGGAGAUGCUGACGUUGCCAAUGAGCUGGGUCACCUGCUGUUGAUCCAGGGCAAACCAAAAGAGGCUACCAAGUGGUUCUCUACAGCCCUCAAAGCAGAGGAGAGCAGCUUAACGGCCCUGACCGGUCUGGUGCGGUGCCAGUUGCUGAGUGGUGAAGAGGUGGAGGCAGCCCAGCAGCUGGAGUUCCUCACUGAGAUUCAGCAGACAAUAGGACGCUCUGCAGACGUGUCGUUCCUGCGAGCGCUCUCAUUAAACAGGAAUGGCGGUGAGCAGGAAAGUGUGACCAGUCUGCUGAAGGAAGCUGUGGAGCUCCACUUGCUCCAACUGAGGGGCGUCCCCCUGGGCCCAGACUACCUGUACAGGCUCGACCCCAACUUCCUCUUCCAAGUGGUGCUGCUGCACCUCUCCUACAUCCAGACGGAGGUCCAUGCCCAGGGCCAGCCUCUGCCCUUUGGCCUGAAGCACUGUGUCAUGAUCUUGGACGUGGUUCUGAGGGCCGCUCCGGGAAUACUCACCUGCUCCUACCUCACGGCCUUCGUCAAGUUCCUGUCAGGUGACUGUAAGGUGGCGCAGACGUACCUGAGCCAGUGUCUGGAGCGGGAGCCCACUCUGGCCCCGGCCCACGUGCUCCAGGCCCGUAUCCACCUGGCGGCGCGCGACUACAAGCAGUGCCUCAGCAGUCUGGAGUGUGGCGUCUCACACAACUUCCAGGUGCGUGAGCUGCCGGGGUACCACCUGCUGAAAGCGCGUUGUCAGCGUGAGAUGGGGGACUUGGAGGAGGCCAUCCGCUCCCUGCGGCUCCUGAUGAGUCUGCCCGGCAUCCGGAGGCCCAUCCCAGGGAGACAGGACUCCUUCACCAGCAGUGAGAGGGCCUCUGUGUUCCUGGAGCUUGCUCACACACUCCGGCUCAACGGAGAAGAGCACGAAGCCACCAAGGUGAUGCAGGACGCCAUCCUUAGCUUCGCUGACACCCCGGAGGAGAGCCGUGUGCUCGUGGCCAAUGUGGACCUGGCGUUGGCCAAGAACCUGGUGGACACAGCCAUCAGCAUGCUGCGUAGCGUCGAGCCCAGUCAGCCCAACUACAUCAAGGCCAAAGAGAAGAUGGCGGCCAUCUACCUGGACAGGAAGAGGAAUAAAAACCUCUACAUCGCCUGCUACAGGGAGCUCUGUGAAGUGAUACCUAAUGCUCACACGAGUGUUCUCUUAGGUGACGCCUACAUGAAAAUUCAAGAGCCAGAGAAGGCCAUCACAGUCUACCUGGAGGCAACAGAAAAAGCCCCUAAAGACCCAACGUUUGCCCAGAAGAUUGGCCAGGCAUAUGUGAAAACCCACCAAUAUGACAAGAGCCUCCUUCAGUGUGCUCUUCAAACGAGUGAGUUGGCCACCAUGUUGAGUUAUGUGGGGUACCUGAAGGUUUUGGCGCGAAUCCAAGAGGAAAUAAAUGUCUCUCCAGAGGAAACAUUAAAGAAGGCUCUGUCCCUCCAGAGGAAGGUGUUGCGCCGUGUGUCCGUGGAGCAGCCGGAGCAGCUGGUGCAGCAGGCAGCCGUGGCCUCCUGGCUCUUCUGUGCCCUGGCCCGCAUCAGGCCACACCUGGAGGAGGCCAUCCUGUGCUAUACGGAGGCCCUGCACCACACACCUGCAGACGCCAACAUUUCACUGGAGAUGGCUCAGCUGUAUCUGAAGCACAACAAACUGGACCAGUGCAGGGACCACUGUGAGGCAGCAGUGACGUCCCAGCCCAACCACCCGGAUGCCACCAUGCUCCUGGGAGACGUAUUGUUCCGCCAGGCGAAGCAUGAGGAAGCUGUGAAGGUGUAUGCAGACCUGGCCCGGCACCUCCCAGAUAACUUCCGGGUCAUGGCCAAGUUUGUAGAGCUCCUGAGGAGAGUUGGGAAGCUGGAGGACAUUGUGCCGUUUUUCAGGGUGUGUGAGCGCUUCUCCUGCAAGGCUCCUUAUGACGCUGGCUACAACUACUGCAGAGGGCUCUACCUGUGGCACAGGAACCAGGUGACCGAUGCACUGAUGCACCUGAAUAAGUCCCGGCAGGACUCUGAGUGGGGCGAAAAGGCCUUGGACCUGAUGGUCCAGAUCUGUCUGAACCCAGACAAGGAGACAUUCGCCGGACAGAUGUUCCAGCCCAGCACAGAGGAUGAGGGGAGUGCCCCCAGCGACGGCCCAGCAGAGAGCAAGGGGGACGAGGGGACCCAGGUGGGCCUGACCACCGCCCAGAGCCUGCUGAAGGAGCUGUGUCCACGCUCCAAGGCCGGCGUGCAGCGCGGCCACCUGCUCUUCAACCUGCUGCGCCUCCACACCAAGGAGGAGCCUCUCGUCCAGAGCGCCGCCACUGCCUUCAGCGACAUGAUGGCCGGCAAGUCUGACAGAGAGAGCGUGUCUGCUCUGCUGGGGCUGAGCCAGGCCUUCAUGCUGCAGAACCAGGCUCCCCGGCUCGAACCAGCUGCCUCUCGGGUGGAGUGGGCGAGAGAAUGGAGGACCUGGGCUGGCCAGCUACUGCUGACCGACAUGUACAUCAAGUCGGGGAAGUACGACAUCGCCACCAAGCUGGCCAAGCACUGCCUCAUCCACAACAAGUCCUGCUGGAAAGCGCUAGAGUACCUUGGCUACAUCUAUGAGAGUGAGCACUCAUACAGAGAUGCUGCUGUAUACUAUGCCGAGGCCUGGAGGUACAGCUAUAGAGUCAACCCCACCAUAGGCUAUCGGCUGGCUUUCAAUUACCUCAAGUAUAAAAACUACACUGAGGCCAUAGACGUUUGCCACAAGGUUUUGGAGGAGCACCCUGACUUCCCCCAGAUUGAGACGGAUAUUCUGAACCGGGCCCAGGUGUCUCUGAGACCGUAACUCUAACACCACACACAGCACCGACGAUACUACAGCCACCUUUACAGGGCUUAGAGGCCAGCUCUGCAUUUUUACAUAUGUAUGUUUUAAUUUGCUCUAAUUCACAUACUGUAUAUAAUAUUCAGCACUGUAGCCAUGUAUGGGCUGCUGUAAAAUCUAUACUAUAAUUCUAAAUGAUUACUUUUUGUAUCCAUAGAUGGUUUGUGUCGUAGGUAUGUUUUAGAAAAGCUGUAAAAUCAAAAUCAAUAUUGAUCAAAUAAAGCAAUUACUGUA